AUGGCAUCACAAGUUGUAGGUCAUUGGAAAAUUGUUGAUUUUUCAUCACAUCCUGAAUGUACUGGCUAUUACUUUGAUAUCAGUUCUGAUGAUCAAACACCAAAUAUGUAUCGUCUCAAUACACGCGUAGUUAAUGGUAUGUUUUGUUCUUUACAGCAUGAUCCCACAAGUAAUCAAUGGACACUUGUUGGAGCCGUUGGAGCAACAAUGAUGAUGGGACCACCAGAAAAAAUGGAAAAAGAAAAUAUAAUUGGUGACUUAAUGUCUAAUAUUCAAAACUUGCAAGUUAAAAGUGGAGAAGUUUUAGUUAUUCAAACAAAAAAUGGUGACGAAGUCCGAUUACAACGUUCAUAG